ACGACCUCCUCUUCUUCUCCUGCGAGUCUUGCCUUCGACUUCAUUUCAAACCCCCAGCCGCCGCCAUCGCCACCUGCCGUCGUUCCUCUUCCCUCCUCCGGCGAUCGCCGUCACAGGCGGAGUCAAUGGCCGCGCACUCCGCGUCGCAGACUCGCCGCCCAACACGCCGCGCGCCUCCGCAGCCCCCUCCGGCCGCCGCGAACGGGAAGGCGUCGUCGUCAUCCAAGCCCACCUCUCCGGUCCAGGCAUCGUUGGAGAGGACGGUGAAGAAGCUGAGGUUGACGAGGGCGCUGACGCUCCCGGAGGCUACCGCGGUGUCAGGUGCGUGCCGAAGGAUGGCGGCAAAGCGCGUGGACGCCGCGCUGCUUACCGAUGCAAAUGGGAUGCUCUCGGGCAUCGUCACAGCCGAGGACAUAGCGCGGCGAGUGAUAGCUGAGGGUCUCAAGCCUGAAGAAACAAGUGUGGUGAAGGUGAUGACACGGAACCCAGUUUUUGUUAUGUCGAAUUCAUCAGCCAUUGAGGCACUGCAGAAGAUGGUCCAAGGCAAAUUUAGGCACCUCCCUGUAGUGGAAUAUGGUGAAGUCAUUGCCAUGUUGGACAUUAAGAAGUUCCUUUAUGACGCAAUUUCAAGAAUGGAGAAGGCUGUAGAACAAGGCAGUACAAUAGCAGCUGCUAUGGAAGGGGUUGAACGACAAUGGGGAAAUGACUUCCCAGGACCACAUGCAUUCAUGGAAUCUCUUUGGGAACAGAUGUUCAAGCCUUCCUUGUCAACUAUCAUAACUGAAAAUAGCAGUGUUCCAGUGGUAUCUCCUUCAGAUCGGGUAAUUCUAGCCGCCAAAAAGAUGAGGGAACAUCAAGUUAACUCGGUAGUUGUCAUGACGGGGAACAUGUUGCUAGGAAUUCUCACUUCGAAGGAUCUUGUUUUGCGAGUGGUGGCACAUAAUUUAUCCCCAGAGGCAACUCUUGUAGAAAAGGCUAUGACUGCAAACCCUGACUGUGCUACAUCGGACACAUCAAUCCUUGACGCUCUUCAUUCAAUGCAAGAUGGGAAAUUUUUGCAUAUUCCUGUCGUAGACAAAAAUGGACAGAUUAUUGCCUGUUUGGAUGCUCUACAAUUAACCCAUGCAGCCAUAUCGAUGGUUGAGGGAGCCUCUGGAGCAAAGGAUGUGGCUAAUACUAUGAUGCAGAAGUUUUGGGAUUCAGCUCUUGCCAUCCAUCCUGCAGAGGAGUUUGAUGCUCGUAGUGAUGAGUCUCGUAUGGUGGCGUCAGACAAUGCUGAAGGGAAGCAUAUGCAUCCUCCUCAUGUUAACAGUUCCUUCUGUUUUAAAAUUGAAGAUAAAAAAGGGCGCAUGCACAGAUUCAGUUGUGUUUCAGAAAGCUUAGAUGAGCUUGUGUCUGCUGUGGCGUACAGAUUAGGAAUGGAUAAUGAAAAGCCAAAUAUUAAGCUUCUGUAUGACGAUGAUGAAGGUGACAGAGUUCUCCUGACUACUGACAGUGACCUUAACGCAGCAACUCAGCAUGCCAAAUCAGCUGGGUGGAAGGUUCUGAGGCUGCAUAUGGACGAGUCCGAGAUCAGGAGGGAACCCACCGUGUCGCUUGUGGAUCCCUCGACGGCGGAGAGAUGGCGGGCGUCUCUCCGGUUCGGCAUCGUGGUUGGCGCCGUUGCGCUCGCCGGCGUCGGGGUGAUCGUCUACUUGAAGCGCUCUCAGCUCUGACUCCAUACUUACGUGCUCACGUCCACACUGUAAAGAGUAAUUGCCCACAAGGAGAACCACAGCGUACUGUAUACUUGGAGACACACAGGUCACACAAGAACAAUAAGGCGGUAGUACAGUGUACAAUAGACAGAAGAAACUCUGAGGUGUGUAACUACGAGUGUUCUACUUCUUCUCGCCCAUGUAUCCUUCUUUUUCUUUCUUUUUACAACAGGGUGUUCAGAAAAUAAACAAGUCAAGCCAGAUUGGCGUCUUUUGUACACUGUAACUGCAGAGAAGCUCUAUUAAGUCACUGGCGCCUGUUUUUGAAAUAAGAAAAGAAAAGAAAAUAGCUUGUGCUGUGCUGCC